CGUUACGUCAGGUUAUCGAUAAGCGUUACGUCAGAGGGAACAGCAAAAGAACAAAAUGGAGGAAUAUGCUAGAGAACCAUGCCCCUGGAGGAUUGUGGACGAUUGUGGGGGAGCUUUCACCAUGGGAGCAAUUGGAGGAGGAAUAUUCCAGGCAGUAAAAGGUUUUAGAAAUGCACCCUCAGGGAUGAGCCACAGAAUGAGAGGUAGCUUGACUGCCAUCAAGACCAGAGCCCCACAGCUUGGAGGUAGCUUUGCAGUAUGGGGAGGCCUCUUCUCCAUGAUCGACUGUGGUUUAGUAAAAGUGCGAGGGAAGGAAGAUCCCUGGAACUCAAUAACAAGUGGGGCCAUGACAGGAGCUAUCCUCGCUGCAAGAAAUGGACCAGUAGCCAUGGUAGGAUCUGCAGCCAUGGGAGGUAUUCUGCUGGCAUUGAUAGAGGGCGCUGGAAUCUUGCUCACUAGGUUUGCCUCUUCACAGUUCCCAACCGGGCCUCAGUUUGCAGAGGAACCUGCCCCUGCUCCCAUGCCCACCCCUUCCUUUGGAGACUACAGACAAUAUCAGUGAGAGGACUCCCCAUGUCUUUAUCCGCUAGGCCUUUUUGAAUUCCUUGCUGAAGUUACAAAGAAGAAAUGGGGAUGUAGAAUACCACACAUCAAACAAUAGAAACUGCACCCGAUUUUAUGGACUGUGUCAGAAGUGAAGGACAAAAUACAACUUCAUUUUCCUACUCUCAAGAGCCAUGUACAGAUCUGCCUUUUGCCAUUCUCAGCCUUGUCGUGUGCAUCUGUUUCACCCAACAUUUGUUAAAUACAGAGAUGUGGUGGGAUUUAUUGUUUGAUGUUCAUGGGCUUGUGGGGAUGAGGCGUGUUUUUCUAUUUUGUUCAUAUAAAGUAUAUAUACUGCAUGUAGCCCAACAAGGGAAUUCAGGACAGACCAGCUCUGGAUAAUGUUGAAUCUUGCAAAAACACAUGUCACACAUGGAACGUAAUAAAUUAUACUUAUAUAUAAGUAUAAUACUUAUGUGUAUAUACAGUAAAAACUUUCUGCUUGUAUUCAGUCAUGUUAGUCUUUAUUUGCCUUAAAUAUGUCACCUGCUUGUGCUGGCCACUGUCAUUUGGCUGGCUUUUUUAUUUGGUUUUAUUCAGAGUUAUGAAGGCAAACAUCUAUCAAAUACAAUGCUAUUCCUGGAAUAUUAGUUUGUUUGAAAGUGAUUUAUUUAUUUUAGAUUGUAAAAAGUUGUGCCAGAUUGUUGUAUUCUAUCAGACAUUGCUUUUGCAUUCAACACAGAGGUGUGGAAAAGGCUGCUAAUGACAAAGGAUGGCAAAGACAGUACAAAUAAAUGGAGAAACUCGAGCAAGGGAUUGACGCAUAUACUGUAUUAAAUCUGUAUGACAGAUUGUAUUAUGGUACAAUAAAAAAAUGAGUUGUAA